GAAGGGCCCCGGCGCGGGGCGGCCCGGCCCCGCUGAGCGCUAGGGGUCGCUGCGCCGCGGCGGGUCGGAGAGAUCCUGCGGCGGCGGCUUCCCAGGCUGCUCUGCGGGUAAACAGCGAUGGCCGCCGAGGAAGGAGGCGGAGAGCCCGACAACAACAUGGGGAAUCACCUGCAGCUCCUACCCGCAGAGAGUGAGGAAGAUGAUGACCUUGAAAUGGAAGUUGAAGAUCAAGAUAGUAAAGAAGCUGAAAAGCCAAAUAUUAAUUUUGACACCAGUCUGCCAACAUCACAUAUGUAUUUGGGUUCUGAUAUGGAAGAGUUUCACGGGAGAACGGUGCAUGAUGAUGACAGCUGUCAAGUGAUUCCAGUGUUGCCCCAUGUGGUGGUGAUGUUGAUUCCUGGACAAACAUUGCCUCUUCAGCUUUUUCGCCCUCAAGAGGUUAGCAUGGUGCGGAAUUUAAUUCAGAAAGACAGAACCUUUGCUGUUCUUGCAUACAGCAAUAUACGUGAAAGAGAAGCACAUUUUGGAACAACAGCUGAAAUAUAUGCCUACCGAGAAGAACACGAGUUUGGAAUUGAAACAGUCAAAGUGAAAGCAGUAGGAAGACAGAGGUUCAAGGUGCUUGAAAUAAGAACUCAGUCAGAUGGAAUCCAGCAGGCUAAAGUACAAAUCCUUCCUGAGCGAGUGCUGCCUUCAACUAUGUCAGCAGUACAGCUGGAAUCCCUCAACAGAUGCCACAUAUUUCCUUCUUCCAAACCCACAGUGUGGCAGGACCAACAUAUACAUCAGUGGUGGCAGAAAUAUCAAAAGCGGAAGUUUCACUGUGCUAGUUUGACUUCUUGGCCUCCGUGGCUCUACUCCUUAUAUGAUGCUGAAACCUUAAUGGAAAGAGUCAAGAGGCAACUACAUGAGUGGGAUGAAAAUCUUAAAGAUGAAUCUCUUCCAUCAAAUCCAAUAGAUUUUUCUUACAGAGUUGCUGCUUGCCUGCCAAUUGAUGAUUCAUUACGUAUUCAGCUGCUUAAAAUAGGGAGCGCUAUUCAGCGACUGCGGUGUGAAUUAGAUAUUAUGAACAAAUGUACAUCUCUUUGUUGUAAGCAAUGUCAAGACACAGAAAUAACAACUAAGAAUGAAAUAUUCAGUUUAUCCCUGUGUGGACCCAUGGCAGCAUAUGUGAAUCCUCAUGGAUAUGUCCAUGAGACCCUUACAGUGUACAAAGCCUGCAACUUGAGUCUGAAUGGCCGACCUUCUACAGAGCACAGUUGGUUUCCUGGGUAUGCAUGGACUAUAGCCCAGUGCAGAAUUUGUGGGAAUCACAUGGGGUGGAAGUUCACAGCUGCUAAAAAAGAUCUGUCUCCUCAAAAAUUCUGGGGAUUGACCCGAUCUGCUCUCCUGCCUAGAAUUCCAGAAGAUGGAUCAGGCCACGAUAGAACACCAUUACUUUGCCUGUAAUCUAGUAAACCUGUUUUUGGAAUGAAUAAGCAGCCGCCAGUAUCUCUCAAUUGAACAUGGUCGUGCUGCUUCUGAUGCUUGCUUAAAUUCGUUUUUUUUUUUUUUUUUUUUUUAAUGAAAGCAAAGAAAAAGACAAGCAUCAUUACAUUUUGGGUUUGGUGCACAGACAAGGUACUGUUGUUUCCAGAUAUACUGGGAAUUGAAGGUUGUCUUAAAAUUUGACAACUGGGAAGAGAAGUACAGUGAGAGACCAGAAAAUGCAUCUGAUUCUAGGAACGUCAGAUAAAUGCUGAAACAGAUUACUCAAAUUUGCCACUGUAUAAUUUAAGAAGAUGUUUACUGCUAUUGAAGUACGGUAAAAGAUAUGCAAAAAAAAAUACUAUUAAACAGUAUUUGAUUCAUACAAUUUAUGUAUGAUGGUAAAUAUCAAAUUUUGUUUGUGGGAUAUUGACUACUAGUAUACUUCAAGUAUAUUUUGCUGAGAAAUCCUUGUUUCCAAUUAUAUGAAAUACUCCACGUUCACACAGGUUUUUUUCAAAUGUUUGCCUAAACAAGUAUCAAAGAGUGUGUCAGGUCCAAAUCUCUGUACUGAUUGAUGUUGCAUUGGUUAAUGUCAUCCUUGUAGCGAUGCUGUAAAUGGUAGAAGCCAAGCACUUACUGAUAUCUGCUGCUAAAGCAACUACUGUAUAAAAUUCCUUUUUAAAGGAAUCCUGUAUUAAUUGUUUUGUCCUUAUCAGUUAUUUCAUAUACUUAGCAUGUUUGACCUGUUGAUUAGCAAUAGUUUAAAAACUAAAUUAUGAAUAUAAAAUGUACAAGUUGAUUCCAGUGCAUAAAAUACAUUGUCAUUUGUUUCCAUAAUACAUUAGUAAAUUUCAGUCAAUAAAAUUAAAUAGUUUUACAUUUUUUUAAACAAUUUCCCUCUGAAAUUUAAUUUACCUUGUAUAUAUGCCUAAAGUUUGGUGAAGUAAUCUGUGAAAUACUUCACACUGGAAAUUGCUCACAUCCUUAUUUUGACUAGGGAGAGGCAGCAUACCUCUAUUGCUUUUUAUGUUUGCAUAUCAUAAGUGAAAGGCUGUGCAUUUAUCAUCAUUCUUUCUUGAUAAAGGAGUAAUGUUUCUAAAUAAAGCAGAAAUCAAAGGCAGGUUUGUUUUUAUGAGACACCAUGCUACAGAAAAGGAUGCCAAAAAGGGUGCAGCUUUUGCUGUUUUUUCAGAAUGCACUUUGAUGGUUGAAUCUGAAGUUGACAGAUUUCUCCUAUAAAUAUAUAUAUAUUUUUCCCCUCUUCUGUUCACUCUUUAUUUGUUCAAAGUAAAUCUUAGAGAUCCUGUAUAUGUGGUUACUUGUAUUGUUAAAGAAAAAUUAUACUAAAAUGUUUAAGAUUAUAUUUAUAAAAUGCUUCAUCCAUCCCCACAUACCAUGUUUGUUCAUUGUAUGUAGCAUUAAUAUGUUACUCCAGUAAAGGAAUAAGGACAAAUAUCUUUAGGAGAUAAGCCACUGACUUUACUGAUGAUGCCAUGGUGUGUGUUGUACUGAAGCCAAAACAAGAUUUUCAAGUAAUACAAGAUGUUAUAUGCUGAAAGGGUAUUAGAAAAGUUUGUUAGGAUAUCUAGAGAGUAAUGAUGGUGUAACUCAGGUUUAAUUCCUUGAAGCCUUCUACCUCUGUGCUUCUAUCAUGUUUUUUGUUAUCCCAUAUACAUCUGUAAAAUCAAAUUUCACUUUAUUCUGCAACAUUCUUAACUUAUCAGUGAGCGGUGAAAAGCAAUAUUAGUUUAAACAUAAUUCUGAACAAAUAGAGGGUGAAAGAUGAUUCAUUUUCUUAAAGCAUUCUCGUGUGAAAGGAGCAAGAGUCUGUGAAUUAUCUGUACUAUAGUCAUUCAAAUUAUAUUGAGGGUGUUUUUUCUAACUUAGUUUGAUUUUUUUUUUUCCUAAGGUACUAAGCACCUGAAGUUCCUAUUGACAUUACUGAGCUUUGUGGAUGCCUAGCACUUUUGAAAAUCAUGUCAUUCACUGUUAAUAUUCACUGAAUUGUGGUGAGUGAUUUUUUCAAAAAGGAUGUUGUCUUCGGCUAUCAUCAAACCUAAUAGUGUGCUUUUAUUUUUGGCUAGGUCUGUAUAAGUUUGCCUCAACUAAAAAGAUCAGAAUAACACAGUGAGACAAUAUUUUAGCAUGAAAUAGGCAUAUUUUUGGUAUUGUGCAUAUAUAAAAAUGUAAAACUAAUAUAAUCGAGUGAGUUCACUAAGAAGUUAAUUUAGCAGUAACUUAAUGUUUUUGUUUUUCACUCUGCCUAAAAUUCUGUGUGAUGUUUGCCAUUACAAAAUUCAUGACAUUUUCUAAGUUGAAAACGUGUGAUUCAGGUUAAUUGCAAAGAAGAUAAACUCUGUUGUGGGACACCUAGCCAUUAAAAAACUACAGCUGUAGGAAUCGUUAAUAUGUACAGUAGGCCUUUUAUAAUAUGGAUAUAGAAUUGUAAAAGGUUCUGUACAUUAGUUAGAAUUUUCUAUGCUUAGAAAAAUGGGUUUUCUUUUCUGAGGAAAAACUACAACAAUGUUAGGAUUGUCAGCUGUUAUCAGUAAGUUAUUCAAAUACAGAGAUUACAUACUUCUGAGAACCAAGUACUAAACAAAUCAGUAAACAUCAUGAAAACAGUUGUUUCAGCUUCAUUCAGUUGCGUCUUUUAAAGUCAUUAUUGCGGUAUCACUAAGACACCACAUUGAUCUGAAAGUCCAUUUCACUAACAAAUAUCAAGAUUUCAAAAUAAUUUCUGUUAAAUUUAGAUGCAUAAACAGAACCAUAAUAUGUUUUCUGUUGCAUGUAGCUAUUUCUGUUCUAGAGUGUUUUGGAGUUCUAUAUCUUUUUAUUUUAUUUUAUUUUAUAAUGCUAUUUUUGUACAUGAAACAUUUUGUUCAUCCACCUGUUUUCCACCUGACUCUUAAAACUUCUUUGUAAAGUUGCAGGUAGGGUAACACGCUCUGCUUUAACUGUUCCUUUGUCUGCCUUUUUAAACAAGUUUUCAGAAAAUCUCAUUGCUUGCAAACAUUUGAGAAAAAUAAAACUCUUUCAAAUAUAUUUCAAAA